ACAUUAACGUUACAUUAACGUUACAUUAACGUUACACCGGGAGCGGCUGCGCCUGGGGCGGCCCCGAUUAACGUUACAACGAGCGGAACCGCAGCCGAACCGCAUCCAACCGAUCCAACCCCGCGCCGAGGUGGCGGGGCCCGGGGCUGCUCAACGCGCCGCGUGGUUCCCCCAGUUCCGUCUCGAGGGGCGAACAGCGAGAAAAGGAACCGAGCGGUGACGGACCGGCUGCUCCAAGAGGGGACACGGGAACACGGGCUGCAUUGAGCGUGUAAAUGUUUGUGAGUGCGCCUUGAAGGUAACAUCCAAAGGAGCCGGCCUGAACCCCAACGCCAAGGUGUGGCAGGAGGGUCCCCAGGGCAGCGGCGAGGCGGCGCCGCCGAGCAAUGGCACAGAGCUGCCAUGGCACGAACCAGCAGCUGUGGCAGGGACUCAGACAGAGGGUAACGCAGAGAUUUCGGAGGAGAGCUGCAAGCACUAUGAAGUGAUGUACUCCACGUCGUGUGAAGCUGCGAGGAAUGGCACAGGAAUCGAUGAAGCAGCUGCCAAUGGAAUUGUCCUAACAACAGAAGAUCUUGGAUACCAAAUCUAUGAAGUGGCCGGUGAAGGCAACUCCGUUGUGUCCACAGAAGAUAUUAGAGAAUGUUUGAGGAAACAACUCGAGUUCUGCUUCUCACGUGAGAAUCUUUCCAAGGAUCUCUACUUGAUGUCUCAAAUGGACAGCGAUCAGUUUGUUCCAAUAUGGACGAUUGCUAACAUGGAAGGUAUUAAGAAGCUGACAACUGAUAUGGACCUUAUUCUGGACGUUUUGAGAUCUUCUCCUAUGGUACAAGUGGAUGAGACAGGGGAGAAAGUCAGACCAAACCACAAACGAUGUAUUGUCAUUCUCCGUGAGAUCCCUGAAACAACACCUGUGGAGGAGGUUAAGGCUUUGUUUAAAAACGAAAACUGCCCCAAAGUCAUAAGUUGUGAGUUUGCUCACAACAACAACUGGUACGUUACAUUCCAGUCUGACACAGAUGCUCAGCAGGCAUUUAAAUACUUAAGGGAAGAAGUGAAAACCUUUCAGGGCAAGCCAAUAAUGGCCAGGAUAAAAGCCAUCAACACGUUUUUUGCUAAGAAUGGUUACCGGGUAGUGGAUUCCAGUGUUUAUGCACAGCCUGUUCAAACACAAGCACAGUUUGCCUCACCGCUGUUUAUGCAGCCUGUAUAUAGUCCUCAGCAGUACUCUAUUUACAGCAUCGUGCCUCAGACAUGGUCUCCAAAUCCUGCACCUUAUUUUGAGACACCACUGGCCCCCUUUCCUAACGGUGGAUUUGUGAAUGGCUUUAAUACACCGGGAUCGUAUAAAACAAGUGCUGCUUCUUUGAGUAUAGGUCGCCCAUUCCAUAGGAAUCGUGUGAAGCCUCACUUCCGAUCGUCACACAGCUCAGAGCACGCUGCGGAGGGUCCAGCUGCUGCCGGUACCGUGUCAGUGGGGGAUGGAACACUGAGUAGAACCAACUCAAGGAAUUUUGUUAUGGAGCGACAUAACAGCACACUAACGGGGCACCAAGAGCAAGGCUAUUCCCAGAAGGAUUCUCCUACCAUGCAGAUGGAGCAGAAUGGAGAUUAUGGCAUCGGCAGGGGCAGGAGGAACAUCUUCAGAGGUCGAAGGAGACGAGAAGAUGACCGGAUUUCAAGACCUCAGCCUUCAACAGAAAUAAAGACUCAGACACCAAAGUUUGAUUUGCUAGCAUCGAAUUUCCCACCUUUGCCUGGUAGUACAGCAAAAAUACCAGGAGAGCUGAUGCUGGAGAGCAGGAUGUCGGAUGUAGUCAAGGGAAUCGGCAAAGAAAAGGAAAGCAAAGAUUUGCUGCCCAGCUGUCCGGCUUCUGCUCCGGAGGAACAGACACACAGCGUUGUCCAGCAGGCUGUGAGUUCAUCGGGGCAGGCUGAAGCUGUGGUAUUGAGCAGUGCAGUUCAGACAGAGAGCAAACCAGAAGAAGUGUCCGUACAGAAGGAUGUUAAAAGCCACACGUCCCCACCUGCGUCUGUCUGUCCUGUCAGUGCUGCGAAGCCACCAAGGACGAACACCACCUCGUCUCCUACUAACACAAAUGCAGCUCCUGCGGUGGCUGUGCAGGAGCCGCGCAAGCUGAGUUAUGCAGAAGUUUGCCAGAAGCCCCCAAAGGAGCCGCCUCCCGUCCCUGUUCAACCUCUCAGGGAGCUUCGCACCAACGUAGAUCCCCCUGCCAAAAGCGACAGCAGUGCUACAGCUGAGAGGGCUGCGGAGAAGGCUGCUGACAAAGCCGAGGGUCGGAUGAAGGAUCACUCCGGAUUCCGAGGCAGCGGAGCGCCCCGGGGAGCUGCGGGGAAAAUCAGGGAACAGAGACGCCAGUUUGGACGCAGAUCAUCGCCUCAGGGAGCGCCGCGGCGUGUGGGCAAGGAGCAGUACGUGCCACCACGGUCACCAAAGUAACACCUGUCCGGCUCGUUCCUCUGUUUAAUUGGAGCUGUGGACUAAUGAGCAGCAAAGGAGACUGAGAAAGAAGUAUUCGUGAAGGGGGAAUACUGAACUGGAGUGUGGCUUGUGUGGAGAGUCCCAAAAUUCAUCUCUGAAAGUGAUUUCACAAAUGCUGGAGGAUUCCAAUCAAUAUGAAUAUAGAGAUUAUAAUUUUUGUAUUUUUGUUUUUAAUUUGCAGAGGGUUUCCUGCUUGAAAUCUGUUCUGGGGUUGUGAAAGUAGCUUUUUGACAAAGGGAGAGGUUACGAAUCGAUGAAUGAACGUGUCGCUCGGCGUGGGAGGAGGAGAAGAGAUGAUUAUUUUUUGAAACAAAGGAGCAUUUCUGUAAAAGUAGAAGUGUUGUUUUUUGUUUUUUAACCUAUUUAACAGUUGGCUUGUAGGAUGAUGCGUCUGCCGUUGAUGGCCUUGCAUUGCAGAGCACGUCUGCAGCCCAGGUGCUUGGUCGGUGUGUGAGGCUGAGUGAGUGCAGCCAGGUCUGUUGUCACGGCUUCGUUACCGAUGAUCAAACUGAAUGUACUGCUGUAGUAAACUUUGUGUUUCCA